UUGCAAGCAGUCGGACUUUCGUCAUCGCCGCAGUCAGCCGCGCGCCUCUGUGUUGUUGUGGUGAAUAAUGGCGGCAUCGGGAAGCGGAUUAUCAUCCCCAGCCGCUGCUGGCGGUUUGAACCAUCUAGCCCCGGCGAAAGCUCGCUUCCCGGGCCGUCCAUGCACGGUACGGAACAGAUUUCGAACGGAGAAACGCACCAAACGCGGAAGGAUAUGUCUAAACGAAGAAGUGGCUUCCGCAGGGCCCAGGCCCGUAAACAUCGGCCUUGCGUUAAGCGAAGACCCGUAUCUGCUGCGCCUGCUCGGUGUGGUGGAAAAGCACAGUCGGCGGUCAGAUGCGGGCUUUGAGUCCAGCAACAGCGACGAGGAAGCAGAUUUCAUUGGAUUUGGGACCAGACCAUUACGAUCCCAGAGGGAGACUCCUCUCAAGUCAUCAUUACGGAGCAAAGGAAUUCCUCAUCCUGACCAUUCCUCUGAGGCUAAACCACCUGUUGGAAAAAUAAUUCCCAAGAGUCCAAAUACUGCUUUAAUUGGGAAAAUAAAAUCAAGGCUUUCAAGUAAAAUGCCAAAAGCCAUGAACGCAGAUGAACCAGUCUCAGGAGAACACACAAACUCGGGCACCUUGCCAAUUCAUAUAGCUCCUACCUCAGCUGAUAGCACAAAGCAGGGGGAGUCAGUCAGGGGUCAGAGGUCUGGGAAACACAUGAGGGGUUUUAAAUUUGGCUCCCGACGCACAUCUCAAGCUGUGACUCCCUCUGCCGCAUCUUUUAACAAGCGGCAGAGGAGGAGGUUCGGUAAGGACAUGGGUGCGUCUCCUAUGGUUGGAGCGGAGGCUGGUACACUCAAUGCUCCUGAGGCUGCAAUGCCUUCCGACUUCAAAUCUACUGGAAACAGGGUGUACAGAAGACGCAAAUCCUUGUAUAGUUAUAAACAGAAGACCCUGAAACCUGUCUCAGACGUAACUAAGCCAAAGCUCAGUCGGAUACGCCAAAAGCGUGUUUAUUACGCAUAUAUUCCUGAACCCAUCCCAGGCACACAAGUGGUGCAGCUUGCGGUCCCUGAGGGUGACCAGACAAUUAUUGAUGGAUCAGAAAACAAUUCCAAUUCAAUUUCAGCAAGCAGUGGUCGGUCUUCACGUGUCAUCAAGGUUCCUAAAAGAUUUUUGAAUGAGGAGAUCAUUCCUUUUCCAAAGGGUUCUCUGUCAAACUGGCUGAAAAGUCAAAAGAAAGAUGAUGAAAAGUCCAAACUGUCAGGUCAGGAUGGAAGCUCGUCACCCUCUGACACUUCAUCGGUGGCAGAUGGGGCUUCUGCUGUGACACAGAUCUCACUCCAGAGAACUCAGGGCAAGAGUGAGUCAGACAUCUACAAGAACCUUAAAAAACUCACAUUAAAACUGGCAGAGCGAAAAGCUCAUUUGGACUGUCAGAAGAGUACAACUGAUGAUGAGCCAUCUUCAGUCAGCAAAGAGAAGUCCACAAUCAUGAUGGAGGAGGCAGAUACUCCGGGAGUUGUGAGGAAACUUUCAGUUGUAGUGGAUGAGGAUGAGACAACAGCUUCAGAUAUGAAAACAGAAGACACAAGCGUAAAUGCAGAUGAAAACGGCACUUCGAGCACACAGACUGGAGGGGUGGACGUGACUGGGCCAAGCCAACGAAUCCGUCUGAGUGGGUCAAAUAAGAGGAUGCUCCACCUGCUAAAAAAAGCAAAGGUUCAGCUUAUCAAGAUUGACCAGCAGAAGCAGUUCAAGUUGUCUCAGAUGAGCUCCAAGGAAUCUCAUGUGUUAGGGCAAGGAAGGAGGAAGAGGAGAAUCAGCUUAUCUCCCAAAGAUGCUGGUCCUCAGGAGCAGCCUCUUGGUGGACCAAGAAUCAAGCAUGUCUGUCGGGCAGCGGCAGUUGCUUUGGGUCAACCACGUGCGUUGGUGCCAGAUGACAUUCCCAGACUCAGUGCCCUUCCCCUUCAUGAGAGAGAGGGCAUCACCUUCUCCCCUGCAGGUGAAGACGUAGCAGAUGACGAUGAAGACCUGGCUGAUCAAAGCCGGACUCAGUGGGCUGUCACUCAGGAAAACAUCCUGCGCAAGAGGAGGUUCAAAAAGAAGGGCUUCAGGUUUAAAAGGAGGAGGCGUUUGAGUCAAUAUAUAGCAGGCGGAGUUCGGUCCCGCCGCUGUGGAACCUGCAAAGGCUGUUUAGUUGAGGAGGACUGUGCCCAGUGUAUGAACUGUCUGGAUAAGCCUAAAUAUGGUGGACCCAACACCAAACGACAGUGUUGCAUAUAUAGAAGAUGUGACCGAAUUGAAAAGGCAAAAUUUGAUCGGCUUGUCAAGUCUGGCAAAAUCCAGGCAGGUCGGUCAUGGGUCCCGCAGCCAGAUGAAGAAAAUUGGGACGACAAUGAUGUGUCCUUUGAAAUGGCUUCCUCUGUGACCACUGGAGUCCGGAAAGAAUCCCUUCGCAAUAUCAAACCACGUUCCUACAGCAGCCUGCUCAAGUCUGAGUCUGAAGAUGAAGAUGAGGAGGAGGAGGAGGAGGAGGAGGAAGAAGAGGAGGCUGAAAAACCAAAAGUGAAGCCUGAUGUAGCUGCUGAAAUAAGCAACCUAGAUGAAGAAUCAGUAGCUGAUGAUCCCCUUCUCGAUGUGGUGCGACGCCGACCAUUUUCCACUGGACCUGGACGCAAACCGAGGCUGAACAAGGGACAGUCAUGCGUGGGGAAGUGGACCAGAGUAACCAGCCACUUCAAGAUCCGGCAACUGCAUCAACAGAUAAAAAUCCUCUUACACCGUUUGCCAGAUUAUGUCCUGCAGUCUCCUCUGUCACUGCCUCUGCACUUGCCCCCGUGUUUGGAGUGCUCACAGUCAAACUCACAAAUACAGGUCUCUAGCUCAUGCCCACCGCAUCCAGUUACACUGGCACCCCUGGAAUCAUCGCAGUCUAUAACACAUCUCACACCAGACUUUCUUCCGAAGACUCCUCUACAGUGUUUGGAAAGUUUGGUUCCUCCUAAAACUACGUUGACCUCCUCUUUCGAUGCCAUUAUCACAGACUAUUUUCGUCUUACCGAAUCCUUGUCCCUGCUUGAUGACCCAGAUUUUCUUCCUCCCGGAGACGCAGAUGACAUAAGAACUGGGCCCAAAAUGCAGUCCUGUAACACUGCCUGUAAAAACAGAGACUUUUAUGGAAGCAUGCACACAAGGAAAGAAGAUAAACAAAGGAAUCGCCCUGUGAAGGAGUGCAGCUCGGUGAAAAAGUGGAAAAACUGUCAGAGAACUGACCCACACUCUGUCCUUCGUCCUCAGAACCCUUCAGAGUGUUCGUCUGUCAACGCACUGACUGGGUUCACUAACGGAUUUCCCCAAAAGGGCCUCUCACAGGGCAACCAUAAGAUCCGUGUGGAUUUCAAGGAAGAUUGUGCGGUCCAGAACGUAUGGCUUAUGGGAGGACUCAGCAUCCUGACAUCCAUCGCAAACACACCACAACCUGUCUGUCUGCUCUGCGCAAGUUUGGGACAGUAUGAGAUGAUCUACUGCCAAAUUUGCUGUGAGCCUUUUCACAGCUUCUGCCUUUCACCCGAGGAGCGCCCCCUUGAGGAGACCAAAGAGAACUGGUGUUGCCGGCGAUGCAAAUUCUGUCACGUCUGUGGCAGAAGAAGCAAACACAAAAAGCCUGUGCUGCAGUGCAAAAGAUGCCAAACAUCAUACCACCCUUCCUGUUUGGGACCAACAUACCCCAAACCUGUGAACUGCUCCAUUCCCUGGAUAUGCAUGACUUGUAUUCGCUGCAAAAGUUGUGGAGUAACCCCUGGAAAGUCAGGAGACACCGCCUGGAACCAUGAACGCAGUCUCUGUCCUGAAUGCAACAAUCUGUACAAUAAAGGUCAGCACUGCCCGAUCUGUCAGAGGUGCUAUGAUGAUGGAAAUCAGCUCGAACAGAUGAUUCAUUGCAUAGUGUGUUGCAAGUGGGUGCACCACAGGUGUGAAGGAUAUUCAGAUGAGCUUUUCUGUCUGCUGUCAAGCAAAGGACAAGUGGCCUUCACCUGUUCACCCUGCAGCAAGAAGUCACCUGAGCAGAACCGCUUGAAAGAAGGACUGCAGCAUGAACUGAUGACUUAUCUGGAGAAGAUCGUCACCAGCCUUCUUGGUUCUCAAAUCACCCAGCACCUUAUUCUCUGCAAAUCUUGUCAAACAAAUGGCAACAAAUCUGCCAUGGAGGAAGAGCCCGUCUGUGACCUACAAGCCAUUAAUAAGAAGUUGGAAGCUAAACAUUACAUCUCAUUUGAAGCACUUCAUUCAGACAUUUCCUUGGUAUUGAAAAAGUGGCAAAAGGAAGAAGAGUUACUUCCUGGGGAUCAGAGGUUAACGUGUCUGGCCAGAGAGCACUAUGAAAAUCUGGUGGAGAAUAUGUUCAGCUGGUUGCCAAAGGAGUGUCUGAAAAAGCGCAACUUUUUAUCUGAGGAUUUCCCCAGUGGAAUGCUUCCUGAGGCUGUCCUUCCUCCAUCUAAAGAGCACAGUUACGCACAGUGGCUUGAGAGAACACACCAGCCCGUCAAUCAGGAGCAGGGGAAGACUUAUUCCAAACCUUACUUUAAUCAUCCAAAGUCUGCGCCUCCAAAAUACCCUAAAGACAUGAUGGGGUAUGUUGAUCCAUCCAAGACCCAUGAUUUGAGGCAGUGUGUUCUGUGUCAACAAUUUGGUGAUUCUGCUCCCAAAGAAGCAGGCCGACUUCUGUAUUUGGGACAGAAUGAUUGGGCUCAUAUCAACUGCUGCCUCUGGUCUGCUGAGGUUUAUGAAAAUAACUGUGCACUCCUGCAAGUGCACAGUGCUGUCUCCAGGGGGCGACACUUGCGCUGUGAUCAUUGUCUACAAAGUGGGGCCACUGUGGGGUGCUGUCUUGCCACCUGCCAAAGUAAUUUCCACUUCAUGUGUGCCCGGAUCCAAAAGUGUGUUUUCCAGGAGGACAGGAAAGUGUACUGCAACAAGCACAGGGAUCUCAUCAGUACUAAGGUUGUGACUGGAAAGGAGUUUAUAGUUUCCAGGCGAGUAUAUGUGGACUUUGAAGGAAUCACUCUCAGAAGGAAGUUCCUCACUGGUCUAGAGCCCGAAUCCAUAAAUAUGACCAUUGGAUCCUUGCAGAUUCAGAAACUUGGAGUCUUGUCUGAACUUUCAUCAAACGGAAGGAUGUUAUACCCUGUCGGAUAUCAAUGUUCUCGUCUGUAUUGGAGCACAGUGGAUCCUCGUCGGCGCUGCAGAUACACUUGUAAAGUGACAGAGGUGACCACACCACUCCCUGGUGAGGAGCAAAAUGUCAAGUGGGACAAUGAGGAAAAUCACACUAUCAUUCACAGUCCCAAUCACUUCAGAGAUGUGGACUCCAAUGAAUGUUUAAGUGUUGCCUCAAGUCCGGUCAAGUCUACCACCUCAUCACCCACCUCAAAACAGCACACCUCACCUGGAUCCAAAAGUCCUGGUCACACACAAACCAGGAGACCAGCAGGAGGAUCUUCGCGCCCUCUUCCAUCUCCUGGCUCAGCGUCUUCCAAAUCCCACCACAUACUUACCCUGCGAGACCUGGAUGACACCCAUCGUCAUCGCAGGCUUUCAACAAGGAGUCGCUGCAGUUCUUCCCCAACCAACGAUCCGUCGCUUUCCAUGACCCUUCGUUCAGGUGGAACUGUCCUCUCUAAAAGCCCUCUGUUCAACUCACCUUCAAGACUGUCGACCUCAAACACCAUCUCACCCCCACUGUCCCGUCAAAACUCUUCGUCACCUGUCUGGGGUUCUCCACCACAGUCCAACUCUGAUGGUCUCUCACCCCGACAAGGUUCCAGCCAUCAAGCCAGUAAAUCUGGGUCAAACUAUAAAAUAACUACGCCUGUCUCAGCCGACCUUCCUCAGGACUUUCUAGCAUCUUCUGAGACCGAAGAUGCAGCAGUAGCUACGACCAAUGGCAUCUCACUUGCACCUGAUAACCUGGUGGAUGACGUGGCUCAACUGAUCGCUCAGGAACUGCCGUACACCGUCUUUGACUCAGACACAGAGGUGGCGAUGGCUUCUAUGUUGAACACAAAGAUGGACUUUGAUGAGAAUCUUCUCAGUGAGAAUAUUGUUCUUCUCUCCCCUGCGCAGGCAGGGAGGGAGAGUAUCGAGGGUGAGGUGGUAGAUGUGGAAAAGCAGUCAAAAGACAUGGAGAACGAUGACGACAGCCGUUACCUAAAACUGUCCCGCACUGUGGUGUGUGAAACUGCAAGCAGCACAACUGCAUCAGUCCUGCCUUCGACUCCGUCUAUACCUCAGUUGGACGGUGCAGACGGCGGGUCAGAAAGUGACGAGGAAAUGAACGAAGAUGCCAAAGCUACGAGAGAUUCUGCUGGUUGCACCCACCGUGAUUCCCCCUCUGAUUUACUGUCAGCAUCUCUCAAGAAACUCAACUCUGUUUUCAGUGCAUCAUCUGUUGAACAAAGCUUAGAAAACCAUCUGGACAAUGCAGACCUACACUUGGAUUCUGUUGACCCCACUUCUCAGAUCACCCCUGAGUAUCAGAAUGAAGUUUUUUUGGAUUCAGCUACCGGGCAUUUUGUUUCUACUGAAGACGGGACUAUCGUGCCUCCAAAAGACAUUGAUGCAGAUGAAGACACGUCAUCAUGUGGUUCUGAAUUACAAUACAAAGAUGAUCUGACUGACCCUGAUUAUGCUCCUGAGUCCCCAGUCCCCAAAUCUCCCAUUUCACUGAAGAAGACUUCCUAUGUGAACCCUAGCACAUCUACAUUAAACAAGAGUCGGUUUUCACCAAAACCAAUUCUUCCCCAGCUGCAAAGAUUCAAGUUAGUGAUGCCACCGCAGCGAUAUUCAGGCCAAAUGACUGCUUCCCCUCCCACUGCUGCCUUUUCUGCAUCCCCGCGCACAGUCACCUCACCUAUUGUGAUCAAUGGAUUAAAUGCUAUACAAACCCAACCUGGCAGAGCCAUCGCCAUCAGGCUGGAUAAACCCAAGCCUGGAGUCUCCCAGGUUCUCCCCCAGACACAGACGGCUGACCUCAGUAAGAAUGCAUCUCCUCAAGUUCUCCUGGUAAACCGUCAAGGGCAGAUUCUGGUCAAAGACCCAAGGUCCAACACAUACCAGUCUCUCAGCACAAGCUCCCCAUCUUACAACAAAAUAAGUCAAAUUGCCAAGAUUCUUCACAGUGGAAAUGUUCUGCAGCGCGUGAGUCCUCGUGUUGUGGUGAUGCCAGGUACCCACACUACAGAAGCUACAGCCUCUGUGCCUAAAAAUCACUCUACAACCACAGCUGGCAAGGUCGUUGUAAAGGUCAUUCCGGUCCGAAAUUCUUCAGCCUCACCAACUGAACCACCUGUGGAUAUUACUCCCAGCGUAGAACAAAAAAACACUAUAAUAAACAAAGUACUGUCACUUCGUCAGGACUUGCCAAAGAGGGAACCCAACAUCUUGGGGAAGAAACCAAUGUCAAUCACCAAAAAAAGCAAAGCUCCAGUACCUCAUUUUACAAGCCAACCAAAACCAACAGCACUCAUGACUUCAGAGAUGCAGCGGGAUGUUCAGGAAUUAGCAGCUAGUAACCAGCAAUUGGCCUCUACAAGUAAAGUCGGCUCAAAAAGAACGUUGUUGGGUCCGGAUAGGCCUUCGAGGAAAAAAUGCAAGCUGGAUUUCUUAAGGGAUUUUUCAUCUGAGCCAGAGGGAACCAGUCCUAAGAGGACCUCCCAUGUGAGAAUAAAAGCUCCAACGGUGAUGGAUCCCAUCGAUCUUGACCAGGAAGGUCCAUCGAAACCCACCAGGAUUGUUGUUCCACCUCCUUCAGCACCUUCCAGACCUCCCCAGGUUGUUAGUCCUCCUUUUUCACCACAGGACAAAAGUCCAUCGUCGAUGUGGACCAGCACCCGUCAUGGCGACCUCUCAGACUGGCGGCCUUGUACUGGUUUCAGCUCUGAUGAGGACGAGCUGUCACCAAAGCACAAGAAAGCAACGUACAUGAAUCAGCCUCACUUGCGAUUUGAAAUAACCAGUGAUGAUGGCUUCAGUGUGAAAGCCAACAGCAUUGGAGUCGCUUGGCGAGCAGUGACAGACGGCAUUCUAGAGGCCCGUGCCGCCUUCCACCUCAAACAGCUGCCGCUGGGUGUGAUGAAUGGGCCACGUGUGCUCGGUGUGGUUCACGAUGCCGUCAUCUUCUUGUUGGAGCAGCUGCAGGGCGCUGCCAACUGCAAGCAACAUCGCUUCCGUUUCCACCGCUGCGACGUUGUUGAGGAAGAACUUCCCAUCAACCCCAGCGGCUGCGCCCGCACAGAAGUUCACACACGGAAAGCAACUUUCGACAUGUUCAGCUUCCUGGCAUCGCAGCACAGAAUUCUGCCUGAACUGUCAGGUCCUUGUGAGGAAGAGGAUGAUGAACUCCCCCACAAAUCAUCCAGGCGAGCAACCAACAGUGAGCUUCCAGUGGCAAUGCGAUUCAGACACCUGGAGAAGACCUCAAAAGAAGCAGUGGGAGUUUACAGAUCUCCCAUUCAUGGACGUGGCCUCUUCUGCAAGCGGAACAUUGAAGCUGGCGAAAUGGUGAUCGAGUAUGCUGGAACUGUCAUCCGCGCAGUUCUCACUGACAAGAGGGAGAAAUAUUACGACAGCAAAGGCAUCGGGUGUUACAUGUUCCGCAUCGAUGACUUCGACGUAGUGGAUGCCACCAUGCAGGGCAAUGCAGCACGCUUCAUCAACCACUCGUGCGAGCCCAACUGCUACUCACGCGUCAUCAACGUGGAUGGCCGCAAGCACAUCGUCAUCUUCGCUCUGAGGAAGAUCUAUCGCGGCGAGGAGCUGACCUACGACUACAAGUUCCCCAUCGAGGAUGAAGACAGCAAGCUGCACUGCAACUGUGGUGCUCGCCGCUGCCGCCGCUUUAUGAAUUAGCUCUUGCACAUUUAACGUUGAGACUGACGGAGGUUGUUUCUGGAGCCAUACGUAGACUUUAGAGUGCAGCUGAGUGAAUGAUGUGACGCCUCACUUUCUCUUUACUGCAGGUGUCGUAGUUCCUAGGGCAAAGUGAAUGAGUGGAUUAUUAUUAUUAAUGCGUCAGGAGAGUGGUAUGGGUGAUGGGAGUAAUUUAUUGAGCACCUUAUUGGACACAAUCCUGAUCAAGACAGAUCUUUUGAUACUUGUUACAUUUCAGACUCGCAGUGAAUCUAUUUUCUUUAUUGACUCAUUUAAUCCCUCCCACACCCUACGCUACGUCCAUCCACAUCUGUCCUCCGGUCCAAGUUCAGCAGGAUUUCUAUUCCAGCUUCAAGCUCUCUUUAAUGUGCAGCCAUGUUUAAUAUUUGUUCAUGUUCAAGCGCACAAGUACAAACAGCCGCAAUGAACCUCCAGUUGUGUUGGUCCGUUUCCCUCUGGUGUGCUACCUCAACAUGAGGAUUGUUCUGGUUCCUCUUUUUUUCCAUUCGAGUCAAACUGAUUGUUGUUAAAGGUGUUACGUAUGUUAUAUAGCGACAGUUCAACACGCCACCAUCUCUCCUGUACCUUUUUAGCUUGACUCUGGUGUUUUUGGAGUAUACUACUGACUUUAAAAUGCAAGUUCUGUUACCUUACCACUUCCUAUUGAAUUUGAACCUGUCCAUAUUGUAUAAAGAAUUUCUAAACCUGUUUAAUAUUUUUGUACCUACACUGUUCUUUUUUAUUUAUGUUCAAUAAAACUUAAAAUCUUA